AAGGAAAAAAAAGUGGAGGGUAUUUGAAAAUAUAUAUCAAUAAAAUGCCAACCAGCUGCGCGGCCUACGGAUGUACAGCGGUGUACAGGAAAAACACCAACACCAGCUUCCACAGGUUUCCCUCUAACCCUCGGAGGCGGACGGAGUGGAUACGGCUUGUUCGACGUGAAAACUUCAAGCCGAGCAAACACACCUUCCUUUGUUCAAAACAUUUUGAGCAGACGUGCUUUGACCGGACAGGACAAACCAGGCGCCUCCGAGAAGAUGCUGUCCCUACAAUAUUCGACUUUCCGCCACAUAUGCAAAACAAAUUAGUAUCCAGGAAAACCCCUCUGACCUCUGCGGGUAUCAGUAACCAGCAGGACCCAUCCAAGUCUAGCACUAGCACUAGUACUAGUACUACUAGCACUAGCACCAGCACUAGUACUUGCACCACCAGCAGCACAGAAGUUUUCCAAGAGCACAGCUAUUGUUUGGCUAAUCCUGUCGUGGCCAAGAGGAAGGUAUUCCAAUUGCAAGAUGAAGUGGACUACCUCAGACAACAAAUAAGGAUCAGCAGGCAGAGGGAACGUCGAGUGGUCAAGAAAUGGAGAGGGAUCAGCAACCUUCUUGAGGAACUGAAAGAGAAAAACCUUUUGCCGAGUGGCAGAGGAGCGGAGCUUGUUCAGUCUGUCUUGACUGAUGAAUCAUUUAAAGGCAGAUGAGCUCACCAGACUUUCACUAGUGCGUGGGCACAGUGACCUGACAAGGCAGUUUUGCUUCACUUUACUGUCCACUUCUUUUGACCCUAAAACAUAGGAACGAAUUUUUUGAACAACCCUUUUAUUUACCAAACUCUGAAAUGCCUGGAUGCUUUGGUUUAUUGGUUGUUGUUUGCUUCAGCAGUCGAUAUAAAAACAUUCAUGAGUGAUGCACAUGGCAUUUGUAGACUUGAAAUGUAACCAAGUGGUGCAGCUGUUGUUAUAGGGAACACUGGUGUAUGAUUUAGUGACAAUAGACAUCUGCUUGCGAAACAUGGCCAGAAUAGGUACUUUCUCUAUCAUGGCUUGCCAGAAAGAAUUGGCCAGUUAACUCGAGCAAUGCCAUGACUAUGUGUUAUUCAGUGGCUCCUGAUAAAUUACUAGCCAACUAUGUGCCUUGACACCAGCCUCAGAAGGACAGCCCUUCUGAACCAUAGUAAUGUUUUUGUCUCCCAUACCAAUUGCCCUCUCUGUGAUUGCCAAUUAGUGCUCAAGAUUGGACAGUUUUAUGCUUUGUACUUGCACACACCACACGCUGGAUUGAGACUGCACCUGAUCCAUUUGAUACAGGCUUUUUACAGCCAGCAGUAAGUGAGAGAAGGAGAAACGUUUAUCCUACUAAUUGAAUAGAAUAUCAUCACUAAUAGGUGCUGACCAGAAAAUCAGAAGCCUGUGUCUUUGCAGAUGUCACAAGCAUCUACACCUGCAACAUGAGGAACCCAAACAGAUGCAGUCUUCAGAACCGACUGUGGUGGUAGGUCAUUAUCAACUGAUAAUUUUUUUUAGAAGUGGCAAAUAAACAAUUUUGAAUUUCAGGAAAUCCAUUAGGAAUACAUUAAGUGCUUAUGCAACCAACAGGGCAAGCUAGGCCAUGUGCAAUCAGCAGACUGGAAAAACAACUGACAGUGCAAGAUAACUUCAUCUGUUGUUAGCUCUUGCCCGUGGGACUGAGGGAGAUCACGCCUAGAUGAAGUAUUGCCUUUCAUUGAGCAAUAAAGGUCAUCGACAAGUCGAAUGUCUCCUAAUAAUGCAUCAGUAUUAUGUAUUUGAUAAAAAAAACAUUUUUCAGUUUUAAGUGAGACCUCAAGAAGUUCUGCUAAUGCUCAGCUGGCUAAAGCAAUGAGUAGCUGAGACAUACUGGCAAGGACAUUUCCCAGCCUCGAUUCUUGGUCUGUACUUAAUUAGCUGAUCUCAGUCAGCGAGGGCGUGGGAGCACAAAUAAUUAGUCUUAUAGCCUCCUCCCCCCGUCUUCCAGGACAGAAGAGGGGAAAUUAACCAGAGUGAUCUCUAUCCAGGUAACCGUACUGAAAGUGCAGGGUGCAGAAUGAUGACCAAAUUGUGGUUUCAAAGCAAUGUGAUUAAAUUGCCUGCUAACAAUUACAGUCUGCGGUCAGUUCUGCAGAAUGUCCACUUGUAUGAGGCAUGAAGGAGGAAAUUGCACCCUAUGGACUUGUAACCCAGCAAUGAUUCAAGAGAAGAGAGUUGGCAGAGAAAAGAAGGGGAAAUAAAAAAAUAUAUAAAAAC